AUGACAGAUCUCACCAAACAACCACUCAAAGGAUAUGACAAUUUGUCAACGCCUACUUUAUUCAACGACAGGAAUUUGCAUCCAAUUGCAAGAUCAUUCACCACAAAUAUUCUUAUAGUUGGUGGGGCUUAUAGUGGGUUGUCUGCUUUAAGGUCUCUACAACUACAUUUGGCCGAACAGAUACAACGCUUUAAACAGGAGCAGCCAUCCACACCAAUAAAGAAAUUGUCACUAACUAUAGUAGAGCCAAGAAAUGGACUUUUAAACAUCCUUGGAAUCCCGAAAUCGAUUGUGGAUUCUGCAUUUGCAAAAACACAAUUUAUUCCGUUUAAAGACUUAAACAAUUGCAAGUUUGCAAACAUAUUUUCCGACACGCCAGACGAAUACGACAUAUCGUGGUUUGGUGACGACAACGAAUGGCUUGACAUCAACUAUGUGCAUGGGAGAGUGACAUAUUUGGACCAGCACAAGGCACAAUAUACUCUUGGGUCACCCGUAUCCGAGAAAGCAAUUAUUGAGUUUGACUAUGUGAUUUUGGCCACGGGUCGAGAUAGAAACUGGCCCACCACCCCUUUGGCAACAACAUACGGGCAAUACAUGCUUGAAAUGGACAAUGCACGACAGGAAAUUGCCAAUGCCGACACCAUAAGUGUUAUAGGUGCUGGCGCUGUGGGUAUUGAGUUUGCUGGAGAUAUCAAGACUGAGUUCCCACACAAAACUGUCAAUCUAAUCCACCCACACGAGUGUUUCCCACAAGAGCCGUUGUCCAAUGAGUUUAAACGGCUCACACAGGACUCGCUCGAACGAGCAGGUGUCAAUGUGUAUCUCAACACGAGAAUCAGAGCCGAAUCAAUAGAGAAACGCCAUGGUGAUCUCACAACAACAAACAAUAAGACGAUUCAUUCAAACCUAAAUAUAUGGAGCUGUUCCAAACACAACAACAUUGGGUUUCUCUCACAGCAUAUCUACGAGAAUUACGUGACAAGCAACAAAAAUAUAUCCAUCAACCAGUACUUGCAGCUUUACAAUGCAGAAACAAACACAACAAUAGAGAAUUUUUUCGUGUUGGGUGAUUUGGUGGAGUUACCCAUUAUUAAAUCUGCAGGCUGGGCCAUGUACAUGGGCCGACAAGUUGCCAACAAUUUGAGCAACUUGAUAUUCAAUGGGAUAUUUGUUGAACUGUUCCCGGACUUGAAUGCCAUUCCGUACGGGAUGGUGAUUGUUGGUGGUAACAACGAGAUUAUCAGUGAGCUAGCUGGUGAGGUUGAAGUGGAUAAUGAGCAUUAUAAACAAGAGUAUGAGGAUUAUUGUAUAGGUAAAAUUAGAGCGACUAUAGAUAUGUAA